AUGUCUCAAACUCACGAAAUCCCCACACAUAUGAAAGCUGCCGUCACCUUGGGCAAUACCAAGGUAGCGUUGCAGUCAGAUGUUCCUGUGCCAAAACCCGGUCCAGGACAAUUUCUUGUUAAAGUCAUUGCAGCAGCGCAAAAUCCUCCUGACUGCUUUUCGCUCCACCAGAACGUAACUACGGGCUUAGUGAUAGGUCUCGAUUAUGCAGGCAUAGUAGUCGAUAUUGGCUCGGACGUCCCUCCUGGUCAGCGCCAUGUCGGUGAGCGAGUUGCUGGGUUUAUUAACGGUGGCAGGACAAAAGAGUGGACUGGCACCUUUGCAGAGUACUGUUUGGCCGAGGCCCACUUGGUGCUAAAUUUCCCCGAGUCGAUUAGCUUUGAAGAUGCUUCGAGUCUCGGACUCGCCGGGUUUACAGCGUGCCAGCUCCUCUGGCUUAACCAUCGUGCUCUCCCGACGCCUGAUGCACCAACACAAAAGCCUUUUCCUCUACUAGUUUGGGGUGGGGCAUCGUCCGUUGGCCAGUACACUGUUCAACUGGCCAAGCUCUCCGGUCUCACGGUCAUCGCUACUGCAUCUCCUAAAAACUUUGAUCUGGUCAAAUCUCUUGGUGCCGAUGCUGUGUUUGACUACCGGGAUCCAGACGUUUGCUCCAAGAUCAAGGAGUUCACGAGCGACGAACUGUCUGAGGCUAUCGAUUGUGUAUCUACUAAGGAUACCAUCGUUCAAGUCGAGCAAUCUCUGGGAAAGAACGGUGGGCACAUAGCUACUGUCAUGCCGGUAUCCACAACGCGAGCGGAUGUGACUUGCGAAUUCAUGCUCGUGUACACCCUCCUUGGCCGGCCUACCAGUACCCCUGUCGUUCCCAAGCAUGUGCACGCCGGCGAACAUUUCGGAAAGACUAUGAGUGAACUCUUAGCAAGGGGAAAAUUGAAGCCGAAUCCUCUCAAAAUCGUACCUAAUGGUUUAAAGGAUGUGCAACAAUGGAUUGAAUAUCAUGAACAGGGAAAGCUAAGUGCAAAGAAGAUUGUUUAUCGGAUUUCUGACACGCCAUGA